AAGUGGAAUCGGAAUUGGAAUCGGAAUUGGAGCUAGAGUUGGAGUUGAAGUUUGAAGUUGAAGAAAUAGACAUUUGGCCCCGAGAAUGACACAAACACUGGGCGAGUUCUUUGAGGACAGCGAGAUCUUUGUCACCGGCGGAUCGGGCGUGGUGGGCAAGGCGCUGAUCGAGAAGCUGCUGCGCUCGACCAAUGUGCGCAGGAUCUAUCUGCUGCUGCGUCCGCGCGGCCAGCUGAACGCCGAGCAGCGGCUGGCCAAGCUGCGCGACGCCAAAGUGUUCCAGGUGCUGCGCGCCCAGAAGCCACAGGAGCUGAACAAACUGGUUGCCAUACCGGGUGAUGUCUCGCUGCCGCAGCUGGGCAUCGAUCCCACUGACUUGAAGCAGCUCGACCAGGUCUCCAUUGUGUUUCACUGUGCGGCAACGGUCCGAUUCGAUGAGCCACUGCGCAUCGCCCUCCAGCUGAACGUGGGCGGCACUCUGGAGGCCCUGAAAUUCGCCGAGCAGCUGCGUCAUCUGCGCAUCUUUGUCCAUGUGUCGACCUUCUUCAGCAAUCCGUAUCUGAAGCGCGUGGAACCCAAGUGGUACGGCUCGCCCAUGGACUGGCGCCUGUGCUUGCGUCUGCUGCACGAGAUCAAGGACGACAAUAUCCUGGACACGCUCACACGCAAAUUGAUUGUUGGCUUUCCUAAUACCUACACGUUUACGAAGAAUCUGGCCGAAUCGCUGAUCAACGAUUAUCGCACGCGCUUGCCGGUUAUCGUCUAUCGGCCGUCGAUAGUACUUUUCGCUGUGCGCGAACCACUGCCUGGCUUCGCGCCCUCGCUGAUGGGCGCCAUGGGUCUCUUUUCGCUGGUGGGCGCCGGCCUGCUGAAGACCGUCUAUAUACGCCGCUCCGUGUAUCUGGACAUCACGCCGCAGGACAUGGGCAUCAUUGGCAUGAUCUACUACACGAAGUGCGGCUACGAUGCCUACCGCAAGGGUACGCCAAAGGAGCUGCUCAUAUACCAGACAUCGUCGAAGACACACAUACCGUAUACGUUCAUCCAGAUGGCCACGCACAUGGACAUCAAGAAUCUGUGGUACAGCGCUGCCUUUCUCAAGAAUCUUAGCGUGCCCGGCUGCCACUACACGGAGAAUCGUUUCGUCUACAAGUUCCUGUUCAUCACCAAGCAACUACUGCCGGCUAUAUUGGUCGACCUGCUGCUGCGACUUUUCGGACGCCCACCGGCACUAUUGGCCAUUCAGCGUAAGCUCUACCACACGCUAGAGGUAAUGAAGCCCUUCUUAUUCAACAACUAUGAUAGUCCCGGCGUGACGGACUUUAAGGGCAUGAUUAAGCAGAUCAAAGGCACCGAGUUCGAUAUAAGUUAUGAGUACGAAAGUGCGCACGACGAGGAGCGCUUGACACUCGCCUGCAAAAAUAUGAUCCAGAGCAUACGGCAUGAUCUACUGAACGAGGAUCCCAGCACGUUGGCUCGCGCCCAGAUGUUAAUGCGCAUUAAGAAUGCCAUCUAUAAUGCUCUGCGCUUGUAUCUGCUCUAUAAGCUGCUCAGAUGGCUCUGGUUUCACUUUCUGGGCUAGCCAUGGACGACAUUUAAAUCUAAGUUAAUGAAUUUUUUUUGUUUUUUUUUUUUUUAUUAAACUAUAUAAUAUUCUUGGGAAUAUGCUUGCCUAGCGAUAAAUGCAAAAGUACAAUACGAAUGCUUCUAUAGUAAACUUUGGAGACAUUCAAAAUGAUACAGAAUUUCAAU